AUCCGCUCGGUAAUGGUUAAUAACAAGCUAUCUGUUCAUGCUUCGUGGCAUGGUAAUGGUGAUGCAAAUGGGACGGCAGGGUACCCUUCCAAGCUGAUGCCCAGCUCUUAUCUUCUAUUUGCGGGCCUAAAAAAAAAAAAGAGGUGACCACAAAUGCCUUACAUUUUUUCUGUUUUGAUGAAAGGCAUGUUUGUCAAAGUAUUCUUGUUUUUUAAAUUUCUCAAUUUUUUAUUAUUCAUUUCUUGCAGUUUUAAUGGUUACUCUUUUUAGAUGAAGGAAUGAAGUAUAGAGUCUAGAUUGCGUUAACUGACAGGGAAAUUUCUUUAGUUGUGAGCCGUGGGCAUUAGGACAAUAAAUUCUAACAUUCUUUGGUUUUUCAAGUUGUCUAGCAAUUUCUAGAUUAACUUUUAUGUUCUCUUCUAAUAGGAGCUUUAACUGAGAUUGGAUACAAUCUCAAGAGUUGAUUUUUGAGAUCAUUACUUAUUACAAUGAUAUAUAAUGUAAAAAUUAUUAAUUCAAUUUAGAUAUAAUGCAAAAGCCUACAUUUAAACUCACCUUGUUAAUUUCGUUACAUUUAGCCCUUUUACACAUUGAACCUUUUAGCCCCUGAACUAUUCAAUUUAAAAUAAAUAACCCACAAAGAGUUGAGGGGCUAUUACGUUAAAUUGGACUCAAUAUUGGGUUAUUUUAAAUCUCAAAUAGUUGAGGGGCUAAAAGUUUCAAUGUGUAAGGUGAGGAGCUAAAAGCGAUGAACUAAAAGGUAGAAGGGCUAAAAGUGAUGAACUUAAUAGGAUGAGGGUCUUAAUGUAGGCUUUUACCUUAAAUAUCAUGCAUGGAUGCUUAAAAUGUUUAAUUGAACUGAAAAUAAAAACUAAUAGAGCUU